GUGAUCUCUCUCCCCUGCUCUCAGAUCAGCGCCAUGCUCAGAGUCUCUCGCCUGCCGCUGGUUCGCUCGGCACUGGAGUCGGUGACUUCAGUGUACUCAGAGGUUAUAGGUCGUUACCCCCUGCUGGGGCUGAUGGGAGGAGUGGCCGAGGUCGGAGUUCGCAGCGUCUCCCUCGUGGCGAUGAAGCAAGCCACACCCAUCCUGCAGAGCCUAGAGCCGCAGAUUGAAGUAGCCAACAAUUUGGCUCAGUUCGGUCUCGACAGUCUGGAAAAGAACUUCCCGAUUCUGAAUCAGUCGACAGAUGAGGUCGUGGGUCACCUCAAGGACGCCCUCUUCCUGACCCUGGACGACGUGCAGCUGUGGGUGGUGGACGGUUUGGACGGCGCUCUGGAUCAGCUGGAGCGUCUGGCCGACGCGGCGCGGGUGGCGGUGCGGCAGCUGCAGGACUCUCAGGUGGGUCGAGCGGCCUCGUCAGGACUGGACGACGUGCUGAGUCGUCUGGAGGAUGCCACCGCCUACUACCUGCCCCUCCCACCCACGCUGCGUCGGGAGUGGGAGAUGCGGGUGCAGGAGUACGAGGACGAGGACGAGGAUGACGAGCCCAGUCUGUGGACGAGGAUGAGGAGUCUCCUGCUCAGCCUCAGUCUGCAGCUCUACCACCGAAUGAUGAAGGUCAGGGAGCAGCUGCUGACAGCCGCCGGGACGCUGGGAGACGCCGCUGACAAGGUGGGUCUGAGCCGCGUCCUUGAGCUGGUCGGUGAGCUGCUGCAUCACCUGCAGAACCUCCUCGUGGCACUGGUGUACCGAGCAGAGCAUCUCAGAGAGCUGACCAUGAACCAGAUCAAAAGUCAGGCAGCCAUGUUGGUGGAGCUGAGUCCGGUGCGUCAGGUCCGAGAGCUGCCGCUGCAGAUCCAGCAGCUGCUCAGAGACCUGCAGGAACUGUCCAAGCUCCUCCUGCAGCUGGUGAUCAACGCCACGCCGCUCUACAACCUGCUGCAGCAGCCGACCGAUCAGGAAGUCGAGGACUUUCUCAGCCAGGAGGACUUUUCCUUUGACGGCUCGUCUCGACGCAGCUCAGCUAACAGCCUCUUCCUGAAGGCGAUGGACGGCCGUCCUCGUCGCCGCCGGAGUCUCUACUCCCGCGCCAGAGGCUCUGGGGCCCCCCAGAGCCCCGACCCUCCCAACGGUCGGUGCUCCAGCCUAAAGGAUCCUGCGGCCCUGGAGAUGGACGACCCGUACGUCCCUUCCGACAGCAGCGUCGUCCGCCGGCCAUCGGCCGCCGAGCUGCUCCUCACGCCGCUCAAACAGUUCGUCUCUCAGAGCCAGAAGGCCUUCGAGUACCUGAGCCCCAACUCCCCCAACGACACCGCCAUAACAACAGCCAACUGAGGUGUGACCCCGCCCUCCCCCACCAGCGGUCACUGCUGCCAACCCACGACCAAUCACAGCCUCCCGUCCCCGGUGAUCAGAGCUUCCUACCCGACCUGGUUUGUGCGUUCACGUUCUCCGACAGAGCUGUUGGCAAAUUAGUUUAAAUCGCUCAUUAAAAAAAAACAGCGAGUCUGAAGUUAGUCCAAAAAAAUGAAUUCACACUUUUGAUUUCUGCUUUGUAUUCAUUUGAUUGGACCUCACCUCUUUAAAUCAGUGAUUUCAUGAUCAUUUUAAACAAGCGAUCUCCGUGCGACAGUAGAUGACUCGUUCAGAAGAAGUUUUUGUUUUUUCCAGAACGUUCAGCCACGGCUUGGAAUCAGUCCAGGACAUGUGACUAAAAGUUCUUCUAACUGAAUAAAUGGGUUUUCUGAGAUGUUUGUCCUUCAAGUCAUUGGCUCAGUUUCCAGUGUCGUACUUUUGAUUGAACCUGGAUUCCUGAAAAUUAUAAUCUGUGACAUCAUCAGUGGAGAGUUAUGAUGACUGUGCAAACGUUUCUUUUCAUUAUAUUUUAAUCCAGUGGAAACUGCUUAUGGUGAUCACGUUUGUGCCGGGCCAAAGUCAUCAUUAUAGGCGGUUGAUAACUAUAAAUGAAUUGCAUGAUAGUCCCAGAGCUGGAGGGUUAGGUAACAAACACACACACUCUCCCACACACACCAUGAAACACACAUGAUCAGAAAAGCGUGUAAAGGGUAAAAACACCAGAAUCAGUAAACGAUGUAAGUAGAGGAGAUGGUUCAGUGAUGAAUGAUAGAGACAGGGAGGAGCAGUAAAUUACAUAAAACAGAUUUUACGUCCAAACAUGAAAGACCUAAAGUGAUCACUGUAAGGAGAUUCUCCAAACAGCAUUUGUAUAGGAACGAUUCUCACUGAAGCUUUGUGAUCCAUACAUCCGGUUUCCACUUGAAUAAAAUAUAUAUUAUGUCAAUAAUAAUAAUCAUUAUUAACAAAUAUAACAAUACUGUUUUUUUCUCCGUUUUCAAACAAAAAGUAAAAUCUGUAAAAAUUGGUUUUGUCCUGUUUCAAUGUUAUAAAUAAAGUUUCCUGGAUUCAAAUUCAA